UUGGGCGAGGGGCCGGGCCCGGGCCUGUCAGCGUCCGGAGGGGAGCGCGGCGGCGGGGCGCCCUCAGUCUGCCGCUGCCAGGCUCGGGGUCCCGGCGGCAUGGCGGUGUGCGCGCGCCUCUGCGGGGUGGGCUCCGCGCGGGGCUGUCGGCGGCGGGGCGCUCAGAGGAAAGGGGGCGCUGCGGCCGUGGCAGCCGGCGGGGACAGCAGCGAGCCCGACACCGACCCGGAGGAGGAGGAGGAGGAGGAGAAGGAAAAGAAGGGCAUCGCGGAGGAAGGCGGCGGCCGGGCGGCGGGGGCCCCCGCCUCGGCCCAGGGCCCGCCCCGCGCCCCGCUCUCCCUGCUGGAGUUGCCGCCGGAGCUGCUGGUGCAGAUCUUCGGCUCCUUGCCCGGCCCCGACUUGCCCAGCCUGGCCCUCGUCUGCAGCGCCUUUCGCCGCAUCCUCCGCACAGACACCAUCUGGCGGCGCCGCUGUCGGGAAGAAUAUGGUGUCUGUGAGAACCUGCGGAAGCUGGAGAUCACGGGAGUGUCCUGUCGAGACGUGUAUGCCAAACGUAUAAACCCACGGGUGAAGUCGGGGCGCUUUAUGAAAAUCCUUCCCGACUACGAGCACAUGGAAUACAGAGAUGUUUACACCUGCCUGCUCCACCGAUACCGACACAUCUUGGGGCUGUGGCAGCCAGACAUUGGACCCUAUGGGGGGCUGUUGAACGUGGUGGUAGAUGGCUUCUUCAUCAUUGGCUGGAUGUACCUGCCCCCACACGACCCACAUGUGGACGACCCAAUGAGAUUCAAGCCUCUCUUCAGGAUUCACUUAAUGGAACGGAAGAUUGCCACCGUCGAGUGUAUGUAUGGCCACAAGGGACCCCACAAUGGGCAUAUUCAGAUUGUGAAAAAGGAUGAGUUUUCGACCAAGUGCAACCAGACAGACCAUCACCGGAUGUCAGGAGGCAGGCAAGAGGAAUUCCGGACGUGGCUGCGAGAAGAGUGGGGGCGGACUCUGGAGGACAUCUUCCAUGAACACAUGCAGGAGCUCAUCCUGAUGAAGUUCAUCUACACCAGUCAAUAUGACAACUGCUUGACGUACCGACGCAUCUACCUCCCUCCACGCAGUCCCGAUGAUCUCAUCGAGCCAGGUCUCUUCAAGGGGACGUAUGGAAGCCACGGCCUUGAAAUAGUCAUGCUGAGUUUUCAUGGGAAAAAGGCAAAAGGAACCAAAAUCACAGGUGACCCCAACAUCCCAGCUGGCCAGCAGACAGUGGAGAUUGACCUGGCGCAUCCCAUCCAGCUGCCGGCCCUCGAGAACCUGAGCAACUUUGGCGAGCUCUCCCGGCUGGUCCUGGCCAUGCAGGACCAGGUGCAGCGGGAGCAGCAGCGGCUGGAGGAGGGGAGUCUGCCGGAGGAGCCGGAAGAAGAGGCCCAGCCGGGGCCUUCCCCGCAGGAAGGGGAGGGGGCAGAGGCCCCUGCAGCUGAGGAGGGGGCAGUGGCAGCCGCCGCCGAAGGCGCCCCCCCGGCCUCCUAUCCCUUCGUGCUGCCAGGCGGGAUUGCGUCCAGAAACGAAGAUUACCCUCGGACCUGCAGAGCCUGCUUCUACGGCACAGGACUCAUCGCCGGCCACGGCUUCACCAGUCCCGAGCGCACGCCUGGCGUCUUUGUCUUGUUUGACGACGACCGUUUCGGCUUCAUCUGGUUGGAGCUGCAGUCCUUCAGCCUCUACAGCCGGAUCAAGGUCUCCUUCCAGAAUGCAGAGGCGCCCUCACGGGAGGCUUUUGACGAGAUGCUAAAAAGCAUCCAGUUACUGACGUCAUGAGGGGGGGAGUCCCAGAGGACGGGUCUGCUUCUCCCCCCACCCCCCGCCCCUUGGGGGACAGGCAGGGCACCGCCCCCUCCACCAGAGACAGCAUGCACUUCUCAAUAAGGCCUUUUUACCAAAACGUGUAUGUGUACAGGCAGACACACACACACACACCCCUACCUUAGCACACUAACUUAUACUUCCCCAAUAUGUUAUGUAUAGUUUGUAAUAUAGCUCUGUAUAUUUGGAGGGUGGCCUGCCAAGCUGGCAGGUGAGCAUGCUUGUGCUUUUUUUGUUAGAGGAUGGGGUCUGGGGAACCGAGGCCAGCGCUGGCAGUGUAAAUAAUUGUGUGUGUGCGUGCGAGAGUGAGUGAGUGUGUGCGCUUGCGCGUGUUAAACUAGCAGCAAGCAACUGGUCUUCUCCCUGGGCAAGUAAACCCCUCAUCAGAUUUGCUUCGGGCUUCUUUUUUGAACAUGAAUUACUUCCCAAGGGGGAACAGCUUUGAGGGGCAUUCUAACUUUAGAGAAAAAGGCCCCACUUGGGGACAUAAUAAUAGAGAUUUACAGAAUUAUGUGUGGUGUUGGGAGAGAGAAAGAAACAUUGGUAGACUUCCCGUGAAGGGUUCUUUUUCUUGGUACGGGGAGGGCAUCCAUCACGUGACGGGUCGUUAGGCUCUGCGUGCUCCGAGACAAGACCAAUGAGGAUUCAGGUCGGUCAUCUCUAUCCAGACAACUCCCUCUCUGACCCCAGUUCCGGGACCGUAGAGCGUAGCAGGUUUCCCAUAGAGGGAGAGUAUGUCUCAGCCAUAAGAAGAAAAAGAUAGCAAUACAGUGGAAGGAAGGAAGAAAAGGCUGUGAUAGCAAAAACUAAUACACUCUAGGAGUCGCGCCCCCCCACCCAGAAUCUCCACCUUCCAGCAUCCAUGGGCACUGAAAGUCCUCGCCUUGGCCCGGCUGCCAGGCCCUUCCACACGGUCAGCUCACUGGCCUGUCCAGCCUAUAUUGUCUCCAUGGGGCUCCACUGAUUCAUGGGGGUCUCUGAGGUCUUUUCCAGCCCCACUACUUGAGAUCCUUUUAGCUGGGGAGGUUGGGGAUUGAGCCUUGUGCAUGCAAAGCUAUGCUCCACCCCAAGGUAGGGCCGGGUUGAUUAUUACUUAGUAUUAACUAGUAAAAUUAUUCAGGACAGCUGGGGUGUGGGGUUAUCUAGUUCAAGAGGCGGGUGGGUGCCCACAUGCAAAUCCCCUUGUUACCCUGUUGGACAGGGCUGCUUUUUUACCCUCCCCACACCAUUUCCCCCAACUGCAAUGCUUUUCCUCCUAGGAAUGAAAGGCAAUUGUUCCCUCAUAUGGGAGAAAGCAAAGUGGGGGGAGGCCCCACUGGGGGAGAAACUUGGCCUGCUGCCUGUCACAGUACACCUCAGCCAUGGAGAAAGUAACGGUCUCCUCUCCGUCACCCCGCCCCAGCCUCGUUUCUUGGUCAGGGGGCAAUAUCGGUGUCGGAGACAGUAAAAGCAAUGGCAGGUCCCUGCCCAGAGGAGCUUGCAAUCCACAUUUCAGCUUUGGGGUGGAGAGAGGCAGCAAAUGAGAGUUGAGAGGGGGUGGAGACAAGCAGAUAAAACGGGAGUUGGGAGUUUUGGGAGCUGGGUUGUGCCAUCUCUUGCCUCUUUGCUGUCUCGGCCAUCCUCCCUAGGUGCUGUUGUCUCCCUUCCGGAGAAGGCAGUCCCCAUCCCAAACAGGAGUGUGUUCCUGUUGGCCCUCUUGGCAACACAGCUGUUGCUGCUGUGGGUGUGGGGUUUCCUUCCUUCUUGGGCUGGAGUUAUUAGCCUGUUCUGCAUGCACCUGUGGGGUGACAUGGGCUUAAUCUGUGGCAGUGCCAAGGAUGCCUAGCUGCCUCGGCUUCCUGGCACUAGCCUGGGUUGCUCCUCUGCUGCGCUGCCUGCAGGCUGGCUGUUUGUCAGGUCGAGCUGCUGCUGGGAAGCAGAGGCUGCUGGGCGUCCUUUUGUGCCCCCCCCCAACUCCUGGGGAGGAGCCAUUCCUGCUAAUUCCUCCUGCCUGCAGGAGGUGAGCAGGCAGUCUGUUGAGAGCCUGUUGCCAGCCCUAGGAAUGGAUGAAAUGCUCCACCUGAUGGGGGGCCUGUCCUGUCCAACCCCCCACGAGCUUGUCGUUUUUGUCUGGGGAGCAAACCGCUGCUGCCAGGGCUGAGACUGUGCUGCUUCCUAAGCCUCAGAGGAGCAGGCUUUAUUUUCUGUCUUUUCCUUUGCUACUUUGCUUAUGGUUGCUCAAGGAGCCUUUUCCAAUUUCACAUGACUCUGAAUAAUAAUAAAAAGAUUUUAUGAACUUAA